ACAACCUUGGACGAGCGAGGAGGAGGUGUCCUUGACGAAGGCGUAUUUGCACAUCUCGGAGAGUAGGAAACAUGGGAACGAGCAACGAAAGGAUGCGUUUUGGAGACGGGUCAUUAAUCAUUUUAGGCAACUUCCCGGUGCAAGGAUACGAAACAUGGACCAAAUGACGUCGAAGUGGACGGAUUUGAACGGGAAAAUUAGCAAGUUCAACGCUUGUUUCAUUCAAAAGAACCGAAACCCACAAAGUGGAGCGAGCGAGGCGACGAUCAUGCAACAAGCCACCGCAGAGUAUUGCCGAGUGUACAAAAAGAGAACUUUUCCACACGUGGGGGCAUGGGAAGUUGCGAGACAUCACCCGAAGUGGGUCCCCGUUGAGUUGGUUGACAUGCAUGGUCCUACGGCUCCAAAAAAACGAGGCGGUUCGAAAAGAUCAAAGACAUCCGAGUCGGGGAACUACACGACUUCCGCGUCGGAUAACUUGCCCCAAAUGAACUUAAACGACGACCCCCUUGACGAACCCGAUCAACCCGUUAACGACCCCGUUGAAGAAGAUACACCUACAAGGCCACGGCGCAAGAAAAGUGGCGAAUCGUCAAGCAAAGGGAAGGAAGCGGUGGCGGAGUCGAUCUUCAGAAUCGAAGAGGAGAAAAUGACCCAAUUCAAGAAGGCCGAAUAA